AUAUAAAAUAUCAUUCUAAUGCUAUUCAUAGCAAAUUUUCUUUUUAUUCUAUUCGAAUUUGUUGUAAAUAUUCCUCUCCUUAUUUAGAGAUAUAAAUGGGCCAGGAAUAUAUUAAUAGAAUAAACUUCCCACUUUUUAGAAUGGCUUAAUCGUAAGAAUAUCUAAAAACGCUAAAACUUCUUGCUAAACAUGCUAAGUAUUGAUAAAAAAGAUGAACAUGUAAUUAACAUGAGUGAAAAUAAAACCAAUCAAUCUGAUUAAAGUAACUACUAUUUUAAAAACUAAAAAGACAUUAUUCAUUUAUUGACUGGGCAUGAUCUCAAAUAAGUAAAAUAAUCCAAUCAAGAAUUAGACAUUAUUGAUCUUGAAAUUGACGAAGAAGAAGUUAAUUUAAUCAAAUAAAGAUCAAAACUAAGCUCGAAUAAUCUUAAUCUGUUGCCUCAAGAUAUGAAUUUAGUGGGAUUAAGAGAAAUAGAUAACAAAUAGAAUGAUAAGCAAAUUAUAAAAGAAUCAGGAGGGAAUAAAAAUUAAAUAGAAGGAGGUUUAGUUGAAGGAAAUUAGGGAGAUUAAAUAGAUAAAAAAGAUACUAAAAUAGAACAACAGCUUAUUAACUUAGAUUUACUAAAAGACAAACCCUAAGAAAAAAUUAUUUUAGACAAAGAAUUAGUUCUUCCAAACAUAAAUAUCCAAAGAAAAGCCUAAUAGCAUCAUCGUCUUUAUUUAAAAGAUGAAAUAGGAAUUGAUAGAUUUAGAGUUUUUGGAGAAUUUAGAGGGAACAAAUUUUCUUUAAGUAUGCAAGGUCAUCCACCUUAAACGAAUUUAAACAAUGGACUAUACGAUAUAUACGAGUAUGAUGAAUUUGUGAAUGAAGUCUUAUUAAAAGAAGAUAAUGAAGAUAGUUUUGAAGUGAUUGAUUUCAUGGAUAGAAACCAAUAAUAUUUCAGGAAUAAGCUUGAUAAAAAUUCUCAAUAAAUGGGUUUCAUGCAAUAGCAAAAUAUAAAUAAUUAAUUCCAUAUAUAUCCAGAUAAAAAUGAUGCCCAAGAUAAAAUUAAUCAUGUAAAUUAAAACCCUUUCUAACAAAGAGGAGAAAUACUAGAAUAAGCCUCAAGACAAGUAAGAGCAUACUUCGACAUGGAGACAUAAGGUAAAUUUAAGAUACUUAAGAAAAAAGAUAUUAAUACUGGUAGAACUUAUACAAUCGCUCUUCCUUUGUCUGUAGAUAUACAAAAUAAAAGGUAAGCAUUAGCAAAUAAAAUUCUAUCCAUGAAACCUAAUGCUAUAAUUAAUGAAUCUAAUCAGUAAAGUGUAAGUACCCUAUCCAAAAUUAAUAACCCAGCAAAUAAAUAAAACAAGUCAGUAGUUUUAAAUGCAUGGUAAUAAUAACAAUCAAACAUUUACUAAAAUAACAAAAAAUGGUGAAACAUAAAUAGUGUUAACUAAUUUAUUUGUUGUGAUUUUAUUUUUUAAAUACAAAAAAUGUUAUGAUUUCCC